AUGUCCGGAGGACACCCAAUUUUCCAACUCACAAAUGAUGAUGCAUUGAAAUUGUUAGCUACAAAUGUUCAUCUUGGAUCUACCAAUGGCAACUAUCAAAUGGAAAACUAUAUUCAUGCUCGUCGUGCCGAUGGUGUUCACAUUAUCAAUAUCAACAAAACUUGGGAAAAGCUUCUUUUAGCUGCUCGUGCUUUUGCUGCUAUAGAGAAUCCAGCUGAUAUUUGUGUUGUAUCUGGACGUCCAUACGCCCAAAGAGCUCUUCUUAAAUUUGCUCAACACACUGGAUGUACCGCCAUUGUUGGAAGAUUUACUCCAGGAUGCAUGACAAAUCAAAUGCAAAAAAAUUUCCGUGAGCCAAGACUUAUUAUUGUUUCUGAUCCACGUCUCGACCAUCAAGCUGUUUCUGAAGCUUCUUUUGCUAAUGUUCCUGUAAUUGCUUUCGUCAACACUGAUUCACCUCUUAAAUUAGUUGACAUCGCUAUUCCAUGUAAUAACAACGGAAAACAAGCAAUUGGAUUGAUGUGGUGGCUUUUAGCUCGUGAAAUCCUUCAAUUAAAGGGAAAAAUUUCAAGAUCUACUGGAUUUGUUCUUGAAGAUAAAAUUAUCAUGCCUGAUCUUUACUUUUACCGUGACCCAGAAGAGAAAGAAAAGGAGGAUGCUGUUGCUGCUAACGAAAAAGCUGACUUCCCAGUAGAAAAAGUUGAAGAUUUCGCUGCCAAGGCAGAUAUGUCCCUCAACUUGAACAAAAUUGACGAUUGGGCUGAAGCUUGCAACGCCUAA